UUCCUCGAUAUCUCGUUUCCUUUCCACGUACAUUUAUUAUAUCAACAAAUUUCCACUUGUACUCACACAUUGCAAAGCUGGCACCAGCUGCUGAGCUUCCUUUUUGGUUCCUCUCCUCUCCUGACCUUACUUACUAUUAUCAUCUUUUUCACGCGCUCCCCUCCUUCAAUUCCCCCGCCCCGCCUUCCCCACUUCGUCACUCUAUAUACCCCCCUCAAUAGCCACCAUGAACCUCACUCCUCAUCACAUCCUCAAUAAUCAAUAUAUAACAAAAAGAAAGGGAUCCUCUGUCUCAAAUUCUCUCCCCACGUGUUGAAAAAUGGGGAAGCCUUCUCUCGCCGGUUUGGCCUUGUUGGCAGCGACGUGCGCUAUCCUCGUCGGGACAGCAUUCGGCGGCGGCAGCAGCUUUAACGACGAGUUCGAGCUGACGUGGGGCGACCAGCGGGCCAAGAUCUUCAGCGGCGGCCAGUUGCUGUCGCUGUCCCUCGACAAGGUUUCCGGCUCCGGGUUCCGCUCCAAGAGGGAGUACUUGUUCGGCAGGAUCGACAUGCAGCUCAAGCUUGUCGCCGGUAACUCUGCCGGCACCGUCACCGCAUACUACCUAUCAUCUCAAGGGCCAACGCAUGACGAAAUCGACUUCGAAUUUUUGGGGAAUCUAAGUGGAGACCCUUACAUAUUGCACACGAACGUGUUCACUCAGGGGAAAGGAAAUAGAGAGCAGCAAUUCUACCUAUGGUUCGACCCUACCAGGAACUUCCACACUUACUCCAUCGUGUGGAAGCCGCAACACAUCAUUUUCCUGGUGGAUAACAUUCCAAUCAGGGUGUUCAAGAACGCGGAGAGCCUGGGAGUUCCGUUCCCCAAGAGCCAGCCGAUGAGGAUUUACUCCAGCCUGUGGAACGCCGACGACUGGGCGACACGUGGCGGGCUGGUGAAGACGGAUUGGUCCAAGGCGCCAUUCACUGCCUACUACAGGAACUUCCAGGCAACCCAUUUGUCUUCGCCCUCCAAUUCCUUCUCCAAUGGGGACUGGCAGUCCAACGAGCUGGAUCCCAAUGGAAGGAGGAGGCUCAGAUGGGUUCAGAAGUACUUCAUGGUUUAUAAUUAUUGUGCUGAUUCCAAACGUUUUCCUCAAGGUGCGCCCAUUGAGUGCAAAGGCUCUAGAUUUUGAAACUGAAAAAGAAAUACGUGACCUAAUAUUCCUUGCUUGUGGAUUAUUGUAUGAUAUAUAUAGUUUUUACAUUUCCCCUGUUUUCGGUUUAGACUUGGAGAUAUAAAAAAUAAUGUAAUUCUUUGUAAUAUAUAAGAGCCAAGGCAUGGCUUGUUUGUUAAUAAAAAUUAUGUUUACUCGUUCCUCACUGCAGUCCGCGGAAUAAUACACACAUCACAAAAUAUAUGUUUACUCUUAUGAUUUAAAAUCCAUGUCUCUGUAAGAAACGUUGUGAGAGUUACAAAGAGGAUUGG